UUAAAUUCGUGAGAGCAUAGCUUUAGCCAAUCGACUGGAUGGAAAACCGCUUGCUAUCUAAUUCCGAUAGGACACAAGAACAGAGCAGUUACGUCGCACGCCCUGCGUUUCUUUGUUGGCUGUCGAUUCAUUACAACAAAUGAGUUAAGAAGAUGAAAAUCACAGUAACAACAACAGAGGGAUGAGAAGGUUUUAACUGACAAAGAAGCUUCGUUCUUCCAUGUUUCAACUUCAUGAAUGAGCGUUUGUCCAUCAUGUCGGAUAAGGGAAGUCGUACGGCGAUAUUCUCUUUCAUUGACGUCAAAUAUGACGCGGACAUUCUUCCAUACGAGACCCAGAAACAACUCUUGUCCAAAGCUUUUAUGAGUGAUAGUAUUUUCAAAACAGGAGAGCUGUUGGAAACAAUGGAAAAAAGAGCAUUAUAUCCUAUGAUCCAUUGCCGUUCGAUAUCGAAAAAGGAAAUAGAAGAUGUUCAGUUGUUGAAGCUGAACAGCUUGGGAGAAGAAUUUGUUCUGAGACAAGGAAUUUAUGUUGAAAGUAAAAGCCAUCAGUCAACUAAACGCUUGGCUGAAGCAAAGUAUAAAGAUGACAUAGCUUACAUUUUUAUGGGAUUUAAAAGCGUUGAUCCUACUUAUAGUGAAACUCUAGAGAAAUCUUGGAAAGAUUGGACAGGGGCACGUUUGGUCAAUUCGUGUCUCAGGAAAGAGUUCUACAUCAGUCGUUAUUCAUUUUUUCAUAGGAUAACACCAGCUGAUCCCGAACUUUUCAUGUACAUUUUGCUAAUUGAAUGCCAUAACGUCAACAGCGCCAAUAAAACAUAUCUCUUGGAUUUUGUACAGAAACUCAGAGUAGAAAGAGUAUUUGGAUAUUUAACUGUGUAUAGGAUAGAAACUUUAACCUCGACUUCAGCAAUCAUAAAAGGUCUUCUGUCGGAACACGAUGAAUUUGUUAGUAAAGUUGAUAUUUGACAAAUAAUCGAACAACUACUUUUAACAUAAAGUCUUCGUAGUGUGGUAGAAAUAAUUUGGCUUAGUAAAGUAAUUUAGAUAAAAGUGAUAGACAUUAAAUUAUAUUAAUAGUAGUCCGAUAACUUAGAAAACGGUCUGUUUAGAAAAUCGAUUUUCAUUUGGACUAACUUGUUUAAAGUUUAGAAUUAUAUUAAUUAGUUUAGAUUACCUUAGCUGCUGAGUGAUUUCUUACUUCUCUGAAAUUCCAUUUAAUUACCAAAUAAUCAGAUAGUUAUGGAAAAUAAUUGAUCAUUAACAGAAAUGAUCUUAAUCAAUGUGUACAUGUAAUUGAGAUUGUAUUUUUUUCGCAAAUCCUUUUUCAAAAUUAUUCGAACAACAAAGAACAAAAAUCAAUUGUUUGGAAAGAUAAAGCUAAAAUCUUCUCAGUUAUUAACUACCAUAUCUUCACGUAGAAUAUUUCAUUAUAAGCAGACUAAUUCUGGAGCAGACUGAGACUCUUUUCUAAGUUGCUGGACUGUAACUGUUUUAUUGUAAUUACAUUGCAACAUAUCAUUCUCGUCCUAUUUUGGCUACAGCGAACUUUCAUACUGGAAUUAAUUAAAGGUUGUUUAUUGA